AUGUCUCCACCUGAUUUCAGCGGCACCUAUGGCUCACUUCUUGUUGGGGGACUGGUAGCUGCUGUGUUGUACGGGAUUACAGCCCUUCAGACAGUCGUAUAUUGCCAGCACAGUGCCACGCGAGAUGGCUGGCUCAUCAAGAUCACAGUCGGCUCUCUGUGGCUUGUGGAUACGUUCGACAUGGCCGCCAUUUCCCAGCUUAUAUACUGGUAUCUCAUCACCAACUUUGGUAAUCCGUCGUCUUUCUCACAACCAGUUGUUUAG